AUUGGGGGCGGAGCUGGGGCCGGAGCCGGCUGUCUCAGAAGCAGGAAAGGGAAAACGAAGGUAUCCCCAGCCUCGGAGCCUUCGCCGCCGCCAUCCCGCUGUCCUUGUUCAUGCUCAGCGCAUCCAGUCUGGAGGCCAGCAUCCCCCAACCUUCGCGAAGCCUCAGAGGACGCGGAAAAAGGCUCACUUCUUCGGCGUUGUAGGCUUCCCUUGCAACGGCAAAGCCCGAAAGCUGAGAAGGAGGCCUCGGGAAGCAUCCGGGCCCUACGCCCCAGGGAGCCCAAGCCCAGCAGCGUCUGAGUGAGCCCGGGGAACGCCUCGCUGCAUUCGGAGAGGGAGCACAGUAAGGCGCAGGGGCGCGGGCUAUGUCGGAGCCUGGGAAGGGGCCGGAUGAGCCGGACGAGGGCCAGUACGACUCGGGCAUCGAGUCCUGGCGCUCGCUGCGCUCCCUGCCCGAGCCGGCCCUGACCUUGGGGCCCUCAGACGGCGGCCCCCUGCCUAGGACUGGGACUCGGGCCCCCCCAGGGACCAAGGAGGACCUGAAGGAGGAAGAUGGGGAGCGGAUGGACUCCGCCUACGGCUCGUCUUCGCUCACCGAGCCUCUGCCCCCGCUGGGGAGCCCCGAGGCCGUCGAGGGUGGGGAACCCCGCGUGUCCGAGGCCCGGGUGGGAGUGCUUGGGCAGCAGCAGCUGGAGGCGCUUACCUACAUCUCCGAGGAUGGAGACACGCUGUUACACCUGGCUGUGAUCCAUGAGGCUCCUACCGUGCUGUUCUUUUGCCUUACUUUGCUGCCCCAGGAAGUCCUAGACAUACAAAAUGACCUCUUUCAGACAGCCCUGCACCUGGCCGUGUAUCUGGACCAGCCCGGCACAGUCCGGGCCCUCGUGCAGAGAGGGGCAAGCCGGACGCUGCAGGACAGGCAUGGGGACACAGCCCUGCACCUGGCCUGUCAGCACCAGCACCUGGACUGUGCCCGGUAUCUCUUGGAGGCUCCCCCUGACCGAGGCCGGAGUCAGCAGCACCAUCCAGAGCUUCUGCUGCAGAACUGGCAAGGCUUGGCCUGCCUACACCUUGCUACGUUGCAGAGAAAUCGUAUGCUGAUGGAAUUGCUGCUCCAAAAUGGGGCGGACAUUGACAUCCAGGAAGGCACCAGCGGGAAGACAGCCCUUCACCUGGCCGUGGAGACCCAAGACAGGUCACUGGUGCGGUUCCUGCUUCGGGCAGGAGCUCGGGUGGAUGCCCGAAUGCACAAUGGCUGUACCCCCCUCCACCUCGCUACUGGGCGCCAUCUGUCGGGCAUCGUCGCCACUCUGUGCCAGGCCGGGGCGGACUCCUUUCUCCGGAACAUUGAGGAUGAGACCCCACAGGAUCUGGCUGACAAUCCUCUCACUCUUCUGCCAUUUGAUGACCUGAAGAUUUCUGGGAAGCCCCUGCUAUGUACCGACUGAAGGGCCUGGGCCCUUACUGCCUCCUUCCUCAAUCCAACCUCCUUCACUGGGCCACUGCCUAGACUCCAGCUCACAAGGGCAAUGAGCUGCUGUGAGCCUCUGGGCAUCUGUCUGUCUUCUUUGUCCUAUCGAAGAGGGGGGGUCGGCAUGGGCACGAGGACCUCUCUGAGAGAUUGUGGCUGGGCAGAGAAAUGCCGAGAGGACCCAGAAUCCCAAGGAGCAGACACAGAAACUACACCACAAAGGCAAUUUGUUUGGGAGGAAAUCAACUUUCUUAGACUCAGUUGUCACAGGAAGGAGUAUCGAGAUGCUUACAACAGCAGGGGUCUCCCCUAUCCCCUUUACAAAUAUGGAACCAGAAGCUCUACCCAUGCUGUGAUUCUCUGGGGAUCUGGAGCCCUGGGUAUCACUGGGAACACUUCUAGAGCAAGCCUGAAACAAGUGACUGAGGGAAGAGGAUGAAGAAGCAUCUACAGGACUUUGUCCUGUAGGAAAUCCUCAUCUUGUCCUUGUGGACACCAAGGAUAGCAGCAAGUAGUUGUUUAAAGGACUUCUGUGAAGCCUGGACUAUGUUUUGAGGAAGGAGAAUGGCAUGACACUAAAAAGGCAGAGUGUUUUUCCCACAUCUCUUUCUCUAGAUUUUUAAAAGUACCUUCUCAAUAAAUCAGGUGAUAGGGCAAAAAGGCUUAGGGAGUAAUCCCAGAGAGAAAAAGGAAAUUAAAAAAAAGAUUGAGGGA